AUGGAGCUACUUCGUUUUUCUGCUUUCUGGUGUGGAACGAUACUGUUUGGUAGUAUUCUGCUAGAACAGAAGGGUGAGUUAUAACUUUAUUUAAAGUAACCUAUGAAUGUUGGUGGUUGGUUAGUGUUAUCGAGGUAAUAAAGUAAUUAUUGAAACAUUUAUGAGGUUAUUGUAACGAACAUUGACACGUUUCUUGUUCCCCAAGUAAUACCUUCUAAAUUGUCAUUCAGAUUUUUGUAGCAGGUGGUCAAACAAAAUCCAGCCAUAAAACUAUACAUUUUGGUGGAAGGCAAAAUGUUCAGCUCAUUUGAGUUAAAACUCGCAAAUAUAUUGGCUGGUGUUACUGCGAAUUUCUAUGCAUAGUAGUAUUUAAUGUAUGCAAAUUACGCAGUCAGUGUUGUUCAAUAUCAGGAAUUCAGGAACUGUGGUACGUUAUACCCUCAUCCUCAUUUUUUACUAAACUGGGGGUGGAAUGUAUGAGCAUAAUGUCUAUGUUCAAUAAUUCAAUGAGCACUAGUAUUUUCCAAGAGGAAAUCACCUCAGAAAAGCAUUUGAGUGAGCGCCAUGAUGUUUCUGUAAAGAGGAAGUAGGUACAGUAUAUGUUGUGUAUUGAAGUGGUUGCUUAACACAGUGGGAGGAGGUUUAUCUACACCACCAGUUGUGAUAGAAAACAUGCAUGGUGGUCCUACCAAUGGGACUUUUCAUUCUGAUGUGCAUUGUUGACACUGGAAGUGGGAAUUAUAUUUGGUCUAUCAUUUGCAAGGUAGACACAUCAGAAAUUGUAAUCUAUUUGCCCCUGUCUCCAACUCCAACCCAAUCCCAAUGGCACCAAACAGCUUUGACUUCUUAUAAUCCUCUCUCCCUGCAAUCAUAUUUUGCCCUGGGUGACAAUUACCAGCAUUCAUCCACACCAUUGCCCGCCUCCUUGGGCUUAAAUGACAUACACUUUGAGAGGAGUUUUUCUAAUGAUAUAAUUACUCCUAACUCUACCACCUCUCUCUCUACUACCAGCUCUCAGCCCAAUAUCAUUCUUAGCUGUUCUGUUAUAACCCUAUAACAGACUACAAACUUCACCUCUGGCCAAAUUCAAAAUUGUACUCCUCUGCAGAACUUAAAUGUAAUGUCUUUAUUUGUUUGCUUAAGAUUUAGCAAGUCAGACAUGUACACUACACCCUAUAAAUAGGAAUAACAGAAUAUAGCCUAAUAUCCAUCUGCAAUAUCCUGACACCAUGUUUACUUCACUGUCUAUACUGCCUUAUGAAUGCUGCCAGCUGCAGUGGAUGUGGCUUCUCUAGAUCUGCUCCAGUUUCUCUGGUUUUCAGACUUGCAGGUUGUAUUUUUGUUGCUUUAAGCCGCAGCUCUACUCCACCCUGCAGAUUGGGAACAGCUACACUAGGCGUUUUGUCCUGGUACAGGAGUACAACAUUCUCUCAAGUCAGUUACCUUGAUAUUCUCUGGCAUAGAGCAAUACAGUAGACUACUGCGCUGUGAGAGAGUUGGAGGGAAGAGAACCUUAUUUGCUCUCUCUCCUCUACCGACUUUAGAGAAAGAGGGGUGAUUAUUUAUGGUUGGUCACGUGACCUGACAAAUUAGCUCUAUCAGGUUCGCCCCCUGCCAGCCGGUCAAAUACAGCGGAGACCCAGGCUGCGUCCCGAAUGGUGCUCUAUUCUCUAUAUAGUAAACUACUUUUGACCAGAGCCUAUGGGCCCUGAUCAAACGUAGUGCACUAUAUAGGGAAUAGGCUGCCAUUUGGGACGCUGCCCCAAUCCUUCCCCAUUUCGCUUGGCUGAACUUAGCUCUCUGCGACUGAAAUUCUUCAAGAGGAAAUCCUCGAGCUGUACAUGCAGACAGGCCCAGUUAACGGCCAAUAACCCACUUUCACUAUCGGUUGUGUCACGAGGACGCUGAUGAUGCAAGUAAAAGGUUGAACUCUCUUCCUAUGUGUGCAGUCUGUCACACUUAAACUUGUGGUUAUGUGGUAGAUCUCUCCCACCAUCUCUUUUUACUUCAUUUCACAUCAUCUCUGUUUUAGCAAUUAGGAACAUCUGAUUUCGGUCAGUUUCAGUUUUUAUUAAUGCUAAAGACUCUCCAUAAAGGUCUGGAAGGAGAGCAAAUGGAAAAGAAGGGAGUGAUCUGGCAGUUGGGUGCAAAAUCUUUAACUUUCUCUCUCUCUUGCAUUUUCUUUCUCUCUUGCUCUCACUUUCCAACCCCUCAGUGAGAAAGUCCUGAAGAUUGUUGGAUCCAUCCUACCUUAGCCUUACAGGCUAACCAAAGUGGACUGUUUUGGGGCUAUAGUUGAUUUUGUGUUCGAAAUGUGCUGUCUACAUGUUAUUGCGGCAAUUAAGUAACUACAGAAAAACAUUUAUGUAAGGUAAUCAACCGCUCACUGGCACCCUCCAAAGCAUAACUCUCUGAAUUAUGAUUAGCUUUUGUAACAGGUGGACAAACAUAACCCAGCAAAAGUAAAUUACACAUUUUUGCUGGUAGGGACUAUGUUACGCUCACCAACGAUACAGUACGGCUAUUCACUAAAGAGACAGUAGCUGCAUCCAAAAUGGCACCCUGUGCAUCCAAAAUGGCACCCUGUAUACCCUUUAUAGUGCACUACUUUUGACCAGAACCCUGUGGGCCCUGGUCAAAAGUAGUGUACUAUAUAGUGAAUAGGAUGCCAUUUCAGACGCAACCAGUGUGUAAAGUUGGACCAAGUCUUCAUAUGAUAACGCGACCCCUAUGGGGUUGGGGCUGAAUAAUGUUUGCAUACAUAGAUAAAGUCAAGAGAGAUAGAGAUGUCCUCUCCCCAUCUCGCAGCCAAAAGAUCCCUGUUCCCACAUACUUCACUAUGGUGAUUGUGGUGAAAACAGCAUUCAUACUCAUUGGGAUUGUAGGAGUUAGACUCCAGUUGUUGCCAUGUGUCUGAGAUUUGUAUCCGCUUACAUCAGCCAAACAGUAGCAUGCAGUCUAAUGGUUAUCAGGAGCAGCACAUGCAGUGCAAGGACAGGCAGAUAACCAGUAUCAUUUAUUUGGGUGUAAAACAUGAGCACACACGCACACACGCAAACACACACAUGGGCGCACCCACACAUUUAUUCACUCUAUUAUUUCUCUCUUUCGCUGUUUCUCUCUCUCUCUCUCACACACACACAAACACACGCUCCAACUUUAUCUCCUGCUUUUUGAUAUUCACAAAGUGAAUUGGCAAGACAGCAACUAAUCAAAUUGGCAAAUUAGAGACUACUCGACUGAAAGAUAUACUGAUGUUCAAAUUUCCCGUUGCUUGUUUUUUUGUCUGUCUAGCGGUUGUCUCAGUAGAGAUGACUAUCAAACUCACACAGGCACUCAUCACACCACUGAGUCUGAGUGUGAAGUCAAGUCUGAACACGACCAUAGUAGAUAGAUGGCACUGCAGAAUGUGCUGAUUGUUCACAGUAGAAUUUACACUCUAGGGAAAUAGUUUACAUAUGGUUUAAAAAUGAAUGUACAUGUUACAGUGUAAUGAAUGAAUUGGAGAAUGAAUUGGAGAAGAACACAUAAACACAAAUGUAUUACUUGCUUUGAAAAAUGUAUUUUGGAAUAAUUAGACUUAGAUACAUAGUACCGAAGAGAACAUUCCUUUCAUCUGUUUCAAUUUUCUAUUUUCAAAGUGAAAUUGUCAAGUCUCUCACUAAUGAUAAAUUCCUUCACGUAGUCUGGACUGAGAUAUGAGGUUAAGGUUUCACUAUACUCACUGAUGUUCAACAGGCCAUACUCUUCCAGUGUAGGAAAUGUUCAUAUUAAUAUGUAAUAUCUUAGAUGAGAAAGAUCGCCUUUCUGAUGUUUGUAGCCUUUUGUUUGUCUGUGUAAUUGGAGGGAAAUGUCAGUUACCUAAGUCGAGCAAAGUUAUCAUCUUCGUUGGGUCAAUACAGUUUAGGCCUAUAUGUGAAAGCAAACAAUGGACAAGGUUCAAUCCAAAACAUUUAAAGGUAAUUUCCAUUUGAGCCAACAUCUGCAGCGUUUACCUCGAAUGCGAUCUCUGUGAACACAGUAACAUUGCCUUUAAAAGCUGCAUUCGAGCGCGAUCAAAUUGAAUCCCGGUCAAAGUUCUUAUCCUAUGUUUUAGACCCUCAAAGUGAACUGUACUCAUUUGUAAUAGUGAAGUAAAGUGUUGCAGUGAAGAGUGAACAUAUUUGACGACACGUGAGUAACCUAAUUGAACUAACUAAGUAACCAUAUCCCUUUGUAAACUAUCAAUCUAAUGUCUUUCCCGCUAUCUCCUUGUGUCUCCACCUCAGGGGCCUCGUCACUGAGCAUGCUGAAGCUGAAGCGUCUGUGUAAGUUCUGUGACGUUGAGUCUACCAGCUGUACGGGCACAGGGAGCUGUAUGACCGACUGUAGCAUCACAGCCAUCUGCCCCCAUCUAGAGGACGUGUGUGUCAGCAUUUGGUGAGUGACUACAGCACCCCUCAUCAUCUCUCAUUGGGAGUUGGAAUGACCUUUAAACUUGACCUUAGGAGAGCAUGCUGGGUAGUGGGUACAGUGACACACUAUGACCAUGUUAGUGAGUGACAGAGCAGAAAUUAAUAAUCUUGCUUGGUGAUUUGUCAUUUAAAAACGACAUUUGCCGUGAACAAGGUUUAGCUAAGUAGCUAAACCCAAAAGUGCCCCACCCACUAACCCCACCAAAUAUAGUUGCGAAAUUUGCCUUGUGAAUGUUAAAAAAGUGGAGAACUAGAUUUGGCCUCCUGUUCGAAGCUGAAGGCAAUGCCACUGUUUCGCAUUACAUUUACAGCAUUAGGAGCUGAAGUCAGCAGAACUCCUAAUGCCAUGUUCACAGCAACACCUCUUAAAAUGGGUUUCACUACAUAAGCUCCACACCACCCAGCAGGAGACCUGAGUAGCCCAUUUGUAGGUCCAUUUGUGCACCUUCAGGAUUAUUCACUGCACGUGUAUGGUGGUAUUUUGUAACUGGGGGAUACAUUCUGUACAACGUAACUUGACCUCUGUAUCAAAUCAUUACUUUAAUGCUUAUACUGCGGUUUGUUAAUUCUUAAAAGUUAUUUUUCCUUUUAUUACUGUAUUUAUCACUAGCUUAAAUAUCUCAGUUUCAUACAAAUUAAUUGGAGUGGAACUAAUGGCUCCUGUUGUCAUGUUUCCAGGAGGAAGAAAGAUGACAAUGUCACCAUAGACACGAUAUGCCACAACCCAGCCCAAAAGCUGCAUGGUCUGGUGCUGGAGGACUAUAACAACAGCAAGUGUGAGAUGAGGGAGAGGAAUGGCAUGGGCUCCCAGUUCUUCAUCUGCUCCUGCUCCGAGGACGAGUGCAACAACCACCUCUUCUUCACCCCCUGUGAGUCCCUAUGUAGUGCUAUGUCACCUGCUGUGUAGUGCGAUGUCACCUGUUAGGUCAUGCUCAAGAUAGCCUUUUGUAGGCAUUAUGAUUGGUCAUACGAGUGCAACGACCGUGUCUUCUUCACCUUCUGUGAGUCCCUAUGUGGUGCUAUGUCACCUAUUAUGCCAUGUGUUAUGUAGGCUAGGUAUUACAAUUGAUCAUGUAGUUUACCACUUUUGAUGUAACUCACACAACAACGCUUAUGCAAUUCAUGUAAGGUGUCACACAUGAAUGCUAACAUGUGUGUACUGUUGUACACCCUCCAAAUACAAGAUUGCAAACAGGUUUUGCAUCGUGGAGGCAUUUUGGCUGUAGUCUUUCGUUAUAAUCUUGGUUCUGGAAUCAAAUGUAUUUUGACUACAGCAUCCAAGCAGUAAUAAGACAGAGAUACAUUUCCGAGACCUGACUUUCCAGGGCCCAAAGUUGAAAGUAUCUGCACAUCGCGAACAACGACGUCAUGGAAAACCAUUUCCCCUCACCAUGGAGGAUGGAUAGCUCUGCUGCACACCGUCUAACUUCAUAUUCACCACAUAACAUAUGACAAUACUGAUAACUUGAAGCAGUGUACGUAACUAACAUAAAUUAAUGGUAAAAAAAAACAGCUUAUGCAUGUAUUAAUACAAUCGAAAUUCUCGAACCUGGCCCCAAGCGGGGGUAGGAACUAGGAACCUUUCCUCUGUGGGCCGUAUCUACUGAGAGAUGGCACAGGCACAGGGACAGGUUGCCUCUCUCUCGCUCUGCGAAAAAGAAAGCAAACUCCACUGAGGCCACGUUGAAGAUUUCAGACAUGUGUUUUCCUGUCUGAAAAAAAGGAGCGAGAGAGUGAGUGAGGGCUUGACGGGUACUUGCUGUUCUGUAUGCACAUACACAUUUAUAGACAUACAAACACACACACACACACACACAAAUUCACGCACACACACACAAACACAAUCCUAUUUAUAGAACCCCAGCAGCACUUGUCACAGUCUGACUGUUCAGAGGACGUGUUAAUGACUCAUUUACGACCCUUAAAUCCUAACUGAUCUGGGAUCUGGGAUUUCGCGUGACAUGUUUACAUUUUACAUUUUAGUCAUUUAGCAGACACUCUUAUCCAGAGCGACUUACAGUUAGUGAGUGCAUACAUUUAUUUUUAUUUUUUCAUACGAGACUUUUGUUGUGUUUUAUUAUGUUUUUACGAGACUUCUGCCUUCCCCAGAAAUAGGAUUAUAAACAUAGCAUAUACAUAAACUUUCACCAGAUUACUCGGUCUAGCAGACGCCGACAUCACUCCUUAAAAGUAUAAGAAUCAGACAUAGACUAGGUCUAUAAAGGGAACACAAUAUGUGGUUGACUUGAGCAUGGUUCAGCCUAUUUGUGUGUUUAACAGACCAACAAGCUAACUUCAGCGUCGUCGCUUCGAGAUGCUUUCUGACAUUCCUCAUGGAAAUGUUAGGUUCCUCUGCUUUGCUGAAAAGGAGCAGGAUGCUCUGAGACGAUAUACUGUAGCUACUUGGCUACUUCCUAUUGAUUUCCUAGUGCUGAAGGAGUGUAAUGUACUGCAAGUUCAACUGAAAUGUCAAACGUCAAAGUAUAGGCUACUGCACAUGUCAUGUAUCCCACAUAGUCCUUUGUGGUCAUUGUUUUCUAUGCAUUUGGUUCUUAAGGCCAAUGAACAAACAGACUAUUCUUCGAUCAUCACCUUUGUGGCCAGUCCAGCUAGUCAUAGUGAGUGAAAAGGCCAUUGUGAAAAAAAAUGCUAACGUUUUAGAGUAGAGCAUGAUGGCUGAGGAGUUCUAAUAUUGUAAAGGUGUAUAAUUGUAUAAAUAUUGUAGAAUAUACCUAACUGGGGAGCGGGCCUACUGUAUGUUACAGAAUAGGUCAAUUCUACAAUAUUUCUACUGAAUAUGCUAUGUGUUGUAUAACUCAUCUAUAACAUCUACCUUGUUGUCUCUUUUUCUCGCUUGUCUUUCCUCUCCACCCCAGACUCCCUGGACUCCCAAGUGGUGUCGGUGAUCCUGGUCAGCCUGGUUCCUCUACUGGUUCUGGCUGUGCUGGUCAUCACAUCCUUCUAUUGGUACCGCAUCUACCACCAGCGCCGCGCCGGGGCCAAGCGCAAGAAGACGCCUCUCGACUUCAGUGAUGCCCGUGCCAUCAUGAUGGACGACGACGGCUCGGACAGCAGCUCCACGCACGCCAACAACCUCAACCACAACAUGGAGCUCCUUCCCAUCGAGCUGGACGCCCAGGUGGGCAAGGGCCGCUUCGCUGAGGUCUACAAGGCCAAGCUGAAGCAGGGCGCCACGGGGGCCGGCGAGCACUUCGAGACCGUUGCCGUCAAGAUUUUCGCCCACGAGGAAUAUGCCUCGUGGAAGAACGAGAAGGACAUCUUCUCGGAUGCCGACCUGCGCCACGAGAAUGUCCUGCACUUCCUGACUGCAGAGGACCACAAGGUGGAGAAACAGUAUUGGUUGAUCACGGCCUACCACCCCCGGGGCAACCUCCAGGAGUACCUGACGCGCAACGUCAUCAGUUGGGACGACCUGUGGGUGCUGGGCGGGUCGCUGGCAAGGGGCGUGGCCCACCUGCACAGUGACCACACGUUGUGCGGACGCUACAAGGUGCCCAUCGUCCACCGGGACAUCAAGAGCUCCAACAUCCUGGUGAAGGGGGACCUCACCUGCGUCCUGUGUGACUUCGGACUGGGUCUGCGUCUGGACAACUCGCUGUCUGUGGACGAGCUGGCCAACAGUGGACAGGUACAGAUUCUUCUCUCCUGUCUCUCCUUUCUACUUAUGGUGCAUCCAAAAUGGGUGCCAUUUCAGACUGUCUCACUUUCUCUUACGUUCUCCUUCUCUAGACAACAUAUUAAUAAUAUCCAUAGAGCAAGUGCUGCUAGGCCUUCUGUUUUGUUACAGUAACUAGACAAACAGGCCUGAUGAGUUCUAAUCGAGCCAUUAGACUGUUGUACAGUAAUAGGACAGGGUCACUGUGACUUUGUUAUGAAACUUAGUCAUUGUGAUGAGCUUCUUUAGAGGGUGCCCUUUUGGUGUCUAAUGCACCCAUUGUCUCUUCUUUAAUGUUUUAUAAUACAGUGGGGGGAGAAACAGGGAAGAAAUGUAUCAGCCCAGGCUGUCAGUUAAAACUGCAAUUGAAUUGUAGUGGUACAUGGUACUGUACAGUACUACCUCUGGAAGCAAUCAUGCAUAUUCUACUGUAAAAAGCAUUAGAAUACAGUAGAAUAGAACAGAACAGAAUACAAUACAAUAGAACAGAACAGAACAAAACAGAGUAGAAUAGAAUAGAACAGAACAGUUUUGAUAAUGAUCCACUGAGUAGGCUAACAUCUUGUCCCUGUUGGUCUCACCCUACAGGUGGGCACUGCCAGGUACAUGGCUCCUGAGGUGCUGGAGUCCAGAAUUAACCUGGAGAACAUUGAGUCGUUCAAGCAGACAGACGUCUACUCCAUGGCCCUGGUACUGUGGGAGAUCACCUCCAGGUGUAACGCCAUUGGAGGUAAAGUAACACCUCAUGACGUCUGA